AAUUAAGGAUUUGUUGUUUAUCCCAAAAUAUUCCAGUUGUUUUAAUAAAAUUGAAUAAAAUCGUACUUUUUUACUACAUUUGAGUAACGUUGCAACACUUUUUCACUAUCAACGGCUGUGGCAGCAAAAUAGGUGUAAAAAGAAUACUGAAAAAAAAUUGUGUGCAGGUUAAUGCUAAAUAUAUAGGAAAUUAGUUUUUCGUUUAUUUAAUAAUUAAAUAGGCUAUAAAAUGAAAGUGUUACUAACGUCGAUACUUUUCGGUACCAUAUUGGUGCUAACAGGAUUUUUAGUAAUGACUGCAGCACAGGGUAAACAGAAGGUUGGACUAUCCUUACCGGAGAAGGUGCAAAAUUUACACGAUAUGAAUUUGAAAAAAGCGCUACUACGAUUUAAUGGCCAAAAAUUUCGUGAAUACAUUAAAAAUCCACCGCGAAACUAUUCUGUGAUUGUGAUGUUGACAGCGUUAGCACCAUCAAGACAAUGUCAAAUAUGUAGGCAUGCUCACGAUGAAUUUACAAUUGUUGCUAACUCAUAUCGCUAUUCACCUGUAUACUCAAAUAAGCUAUUCUUUGCUAUGGUCGACUUCGACGAAGGUUCCGAUGUAUUUCAAAUGUUGCGUCUAAAUAUGGCACCAGUAUUUAUGCAUUUCCCAGCAAAGGGUAAACCGAAAGGUGCUGACACAAUGGAUAUACAUCGUGUUGGUUUUGCUGCUGAAUCUAUAGCGAAAUUUGUAGCCGAACGUACCGAUGUACAAGUGCGUAUUUUCCGACCGCCAAAUUAUUCCGGUACUGUAGCUAUGAUAACACUGGUGUGUUUAGUCGGUGGUUUCCUAUAUAUACGUAGAAAUAAUUUAGAAUUUCUAUAUAAUAAACAAAUUUGGGGUGCAAUAGCGGUAUUCUUCUGUUUCGCUAUGAUUUCGGGACAAAUGUGGAAUCAUAUUAGAGGACCACCGUUAGUGCAUAAAAGUCAAAACGGAGGUGUUGCUUAUAUACACGGUUCAUCGCAAGGUCAACUUGUGGUGGAAACUUACAUUGUGAUGUUUUUAAAUGCCAUGAUUGUGCUGGGCAUGAUUUUACUUACCGAAUGCGGUUCACAGAAUGAUCAACGCAAAGGACGUAUUACAGCUAUUAUAGGCUUAGUUUUAGUAGCAAUAUUCUUUUCAUUCUUGUUAUCUGUCUUUCGUUCAAAGGCGCAAGGCUAUCCUUACAGUUUCCUCUUCAAAUAAAUAUGUUUGUAAAUUACUUAUUCACUGCAGUCAACUAUUAAAACAUAGAUUUUGGAGUGUUUUUUUUUUUUUAAAUUGCUAUCGUGUACACUAGUUCUUUUAUUUGCAACUAUAAAUCGUAUAAAUGUUUGAUGUUUAAACUAAAAACAAAAGGUGUUUCUAGCGUGGUUGAAAGUGAAAAACUUGGACAACUUCAAGUUAAAAGCAGUGUCAGCAGAUACGUCACCAGUGGACAGAAACUUUUUAUAGAGAUUUCAUUUGAGCUCAAGUUUAAAAUUCAGCAAUGAAACCAAUUUCAAUUUCACAAUAUUAUAAAUAUUUAUUUUAUGUUUUCACUUUUGCGAACUGUAUCAAAACUUUAAUUUAUGGACACUUAAACACACUGAAAAUAAUAAAACUAAUAAAAACUAAAGAUAAUGAAUGUAAGCUA